AUGGAGUUCGCCAUGGGGGCCAUUGGCUCCUUCCUCCCCAAGCUCGGCGAGCUUCUUGGCAACGAGUACACGCUUCAGAAGAGCGUGAGGAGGGACUUGGAGUAUCUCCAGAGGGAGCUGCAGAGCAUGCAGGCUGCCCUGAGCGUGGUGGCGGCGGUGCCCCGGGAGCAGCUCCAGGAGCUGGACAGGCUUUGGGCCAGCGAUGUCAGGGAGCUGUCCCAGGACAUAGAGGAUGUUGUUGACACCUACCUCGUUCGCAUCGAGGGCCCUGCAUCUGACCCCAAAUGCGGCAAAUUCAAGGGCCUUCUAGUGAAGAUGGCAGACCUGCGCAAGAAAUUCAGGGCUCGCCAUCAACUUGGCACCGCCAUUAAAGACAUCAAGGACCAGGUGAAGGAAGUGGCCAACCGAGAUGAAAGGUACAGGGGUCCUCAUGGUGUGGUUGCUAGCCUAACUGCAGGUGCUGCCACACGGGUCACGACCUGCACCGUCGAUCCUCGCCUGAUAGCUUUGUAUGGAGCCCAGAAGAACAUUGUUGGCAUUGCUGAUGCAAAGGCUGAGGUUAUGGCGAAGCUAUUUGAAGGGGAUGAUGUAUCCAGGAGACAACUCAAGAUACUCUCGAUCGUCGGAUUUGGUGGAUUGGGUAAGACAACUCUUGCUAAUGCAGUAUAUAGUGAGCUUUCAGCUGGGCAAUUCGAUCGCAGGGCGUUUGUGACGGUGUCUCGGAAUCCUGAUGUCAAAAAGGUCCUCAGGGAUCUUUUGUAUGAACUUGAUAAUCCAAAGUUUUGUGAAUUGAGUGGAGCAACGCUGUUGGAUGAAAGACAACUUAUCGAUCAACUUAGAAGUUCACUUCACACCAUAAGGUAUUCCAUCGUCAUUGAUGAUCUAUGGGAUGUACAAGCAUGGGAAACAAUUAGAUAUGCUAUGGCAGACAGUCAUUGUGGAAGCAGAAUAAUCACUACAACACGAAAUCUUGAAGUCUCUAAAGCAUGUUGCUCUUCUAACAAUGAUAUAAUUUACAACAUGAAACCUCUCUCUGAUGAUGAUUCCCGAAUUCUCUUCCAUAAAAGAAUAUUUCCAAGUGAGACUGGGUGUCCUCAUGAAUUGGAGCAAGUGUCUAGAGAGAUCUUGAAGAAAUGUGGUGGGGUACCAUUAGCCAUCAUAACUAUAGCUAGUCAUUUGGCUGGUGAUCAACAUAUAAAACCAAAGGAUGAAUGGGAUGCUUUGCUCAACUCGAUUGGACGUGGACUUACAAGAGGUGGGGGUGUGGAGGAAAUGAGAAGGAUACUAUCUCUUAGCUAUUAUGAUAUCCACUACAAUUUGAAGAUUUGUUUACUAUAUCUAAGUAUAUUUCCAGAAGACACUAGAAUUAGUAAAGAUAGACUGAUCAGGAGAUGGAUAGCUGAAGGUUUUUUGCAAGGUGAAAAUCAUGGAACUAACCUAAUUGAUCUUGGAGAGAGUUACUUCAACACGCUCAUAAAUAGAAGCAUGAUCCAACCAGUAGGCAUCAAUGUUGAAGGCAGGGCAAGAGCUUGUCGUGUGCAUGAUAUGAUGCUUGAUCUCAUAUGUGACUUGUCAAGUGAAGAAAACUUUGUCACUAUAUUGGAUGUUAUCAAGGGAGGCACACCUUUUAGAAGAAAGAUCCGUAGAAUGUCCCUCCAAAAGAGUAUUGGAGAGCUCACCGCCACUCGGCUAGUUCACACAAGCAUGUUAGAACAUAUUCAGAUGGAUCGGAAGCGUGAGCCCAUCAGUGGCAUUCCUGCUCGCAGCUAG